AUGACUCGGCGGUCCACCAUUGGUUUUGACAUUAGGAUUGGUGAUAGUCCUAUUUCUUUGCGUACAAAGAAGCAAACAACUGUGUCCCGCUCCUCCGCAGAAGUCGAGUACCGUGCAAUGGCCAACACUUCUUGUGAACUCACAUGGCUAUGCACUCUUCUUCGUGAUCUCACCAUCUCUCAUCGACAUCCAGCACUCCUUCACUGUGACAAUCAGGCUGCAAUUCACAUUGCACGCAAUCCUGUUUUCCACAAACGAACCAAAUACAUUGAGAUAGAUUGUCAUCUGGUUCGUGACCUCUUCCAAGCUGGCAUCAUCACACCCACCUUUUUGCCCACGUCUCAACAACAGGCUAAUCUUUUUACCAAACCUUUAGGCCGAGAAUUGUGCACAUUCUUCCGUUCCAAGUUAGUAUCUCUAUUCUAUAUAUAUGCUUAUAAUCCCCAUUUACAGAAUCAUCAAGGAAACACACCCCUUGGAAUNUCUAUUCUUCUAGACUCGACGUCUGCUUUCACUAGUGAAAAGAAUGCAUUGCCCAAUGCCAAUUCUGCUAGGGGAUUUGAAGUAAUUGAUAGAAUCAAGUACGAGGUUGAUAAGGUUUGCGGCUGGCCGGUAGUGUCUUGUGCUGACAUUUUGGCGGUUGCAGCACGUGAUUCCGUAGUUGCAUUAGGGGGACCGAGUUGGGAGGUGCAACUCGGGAGGAGAGACUCAACGACGGCUAGCGAAUCUAAAGCCAACGGUGACAUCCCUUCACCAUUCAUGGAUUUACCAGAACUUAUCAACUCAUUCAAGAAACAGGGCCUGAACGUGAAAGACCUCGUAGCCCUCUCCGGUGGCCACACCCUAGGGUUGUCUCAAUGUCGUCUCUUUAAAAACCGUAUUUACAACGAAACCAACAUUGAUCCCAACUUUGCUCAUCAAGGUCGAGCUACUUGUCCCCCCAAUGGAGGUGACUCUAAACUUGCUCCUCUAGAUCCCUCCCCUGCUUCUUUCGACACAAACUACUUCAGCAAUUUGGUGUCAAAGAAAGGGCUCCUCCACUCUGAUCAAGCAUUAUACAAUGGAGGUCAAACCGAUUAUCUUGUCAAGACUUACAGUAAAAAUUUUGUUGCUUUUUCCAUAGAUUUUGCUUCUUCAAUGAUUAAAAUGGGUAACAUAAAACCAUUGACGGGGAAGAGAGGACAGAUUCGAUUGGAUUGCAAGAAGGUGAAUUAAUUAAAAGCUUCUUAAAUGUUUUCUCAAUAAUCUUUGUUAAGGUGUUGAUAAAUUCUUAAUUAAGUAUGGUUUCGUUCUGUUAAAGAAUAAACACAAUCUUUGUAUUUGUGUUGGGAUUUGAGGAGUUUGACUAAAUGUAAUUUAAAUAUAAGUAAAAGUGUUUCUUGUUACCUUGUAUA